AUGGAAGACAUCGCCCUCCGGGCAUCCAAAAAUGUAGAUCGUUCAGAGAACGAUAUUACACUCGCCCUCUCCCGCUCAGAGACCAAGCACGAGAACCUGGAACCGUUGCUCGCAAAAUUCCGCGCAGCAUGUCAAGACUACAUCUUCAUCGAUUUCGCGGCUGCGGCUGAGAAGCGAGUGGAAGCCCGCUUAUGGACUGCGCAUUCCAAGGUGAACUCAAGGUUCAGACCGCUCAUGGCGAGAUUUCGAGAGGGAGAUGGCCAGAAGUUGAAGGUCGAACGUCGGAAGGCUGAGAAAGUUUACCUGGUGUUCAUCAAAUCCAGCCAAGCUUUCUAUCGAGGUUACAUUCAGCGUCUUGCCUCGAAUUUCAAGGGUAUCCCGGAGAUCCUCACCUUGGCCCGUGGCAUGGAGCUGGAUACGCUUUCAGCAGACACCCCGCAGCCCGCUGAUGCCGUGUUGAAAGGAAAGCUCAUUGAUUCGUGUUAUUCGGCCCUGGUGCAGUGCGGCGAUCUCUCCAGAUACCGAGAAACCGAGCUGAAAACACACUUACGCAAUUGGGGUCCCGCUGUAGGGUACUAUAAUAAGGCUGCCGUUCUCAAGCCCGCCGACGGCAGAGCGUAUAACCAACUGGCUGUCAUAGCUCUGAGUGACCAAGAUCAUUUACGAGCUGUCUACCACUUGUACCAGGCAAUAUGCGUGGAGAUCCCAUUUCCUCAAGCCCGAGACAAUCUGGAGCUCGAAUUCAAGAAACUCCGCGUCAAGUCCAACCAGGGAAAGCCCAUCGCCGGGAAUUCCGCUGUGUUCAAGGGCGACCCUUACCUCUAUGAACAGUUUCUCCUGUUUCAUGCCCGCUGUUGGGAAGAGAAACCCCGGGCACAGGAAGAACAGCAGAUCGAGAUCUUCCGGCUCAUUAAUGAUCAAAUUCGGCAGCAGCCUGAGGCUACCAUUCUCAGGAAGUUCUCCUUGGUCAACAUCGCAGCGGAGAAAUCUGCUGCAGAAAAGGCGGGUGGCGAAGCAUCGGCAUUGCGCUCUUUUAAAAUCUUCCAAUCCUUCAACAUCAAAACGUUCUCUUUACUUCUCAAACUUGUGCUUGAGGAGCUUCAGCUAGAUGCAGAACAUAUUGGCCUCCCUGCAACCAAUCCUCCUGCUGAGGUUCCUCCAAUCACGCGACGGACCCUCCCACAUCUGAGGCUAUACACCGGCUGGCUGCUUACCAGCAUCCAGUAUCUUCUGGCGAAUGCGGAGCUCGCUUCUCAAAUGCAGCAGCUGUGGCGUCUUUACGCUAGGGCACUCAACCUCUUGCUGCAGUUGUUCCCGCCUAGCGAUGCAGAGAUUGAAUAUCUGCUGAAAGAAGACGCAGAGACUCUCGGUUUCUCUGCCUUUAGCCAAUUCGUUAGGGACAAGCGGUUUCGUCGAUCGAGCCAAUUCAAACCAAUCUAUAACGAAGCAAGCUUUGGUCCUCCGAUUCCUAAUAAUGAGAUGCUUUUCCGCAUCAAGGAGUUCAUUCGAGAGGCCAUGUUCCUUUUCAAGAGUGUUGAGUUCAACUCUGUCCCCGUGCCUCUGACGUUCGCCGGCAAGCGCUUCGUCUAUCUUGGUGAUGAAGAUAGGUCUGCGCAAGCUGAGAAAGCAGCUGAUGCUUUCACUGGUCGGCAUGAAAGCGUCCAAAGUGCCAACGCCGAGUACGUAAUCAUGAAUGGUGGAAUCGUUCGUCAACUUCCCAGUCAGCAGGAGAUUGUCCCUGAUGCCGAAGGGUCGAUGGCUUCCCGAAUGGAGAACAUGGUUGAUGAUUUAACCCGCCCUGGUAUCCCUCGGGAAGAGAUCAACCGUUCAAGCAUUGUACACGAUUCCUCGACAGCCCCAAUGAAGACGCCGUUGGCGCAAACUUUUGCGGACCGGGGAAAUCCACCAUCGCAGACUACAUUCACUGCACGUGACCUCGUGCAGCGGAUGCAGCACUCGUCGGGCGGCUCGCAACCUAGUCCGAGAGCCCAGGCUAUCAACAUUGCACCACUGCCAUCUAUCUGGAAUACCCCCUUUGCGCCGCGACCAGGGGAAACACCCGAGUCAUCUCCCCGGCCAAGCAGUGCUCAUCAUUUUGCGCUCCAGGCUUCGGUAUCUCCAAAUCUUAGCAGCUCUGCUGAGUUCCAUACGAACCUUGUGAACUUGCAAGAGGAGAUCCAGACGAGAACGUCCCCCCAAUCCUCGCUUCAGCCAACGAUAUCGAGCCACUACGAGACCCCGACCAAUCUUACAUCCUGGAUCCGAGCCCACGACCCAAUGCAGCCUGCAUCCUCGCCUUGGCAAAGUCCCUUCACUAGUGCGGUACCUGUCCACCAAACUCCUAUACCUACAAAGCAUACGAAUGCGUCUCCUUUUGGUGCUAUCGGCGAAUCACGGCCGAGGAGUAGUCGUACACCGAACGGCGGUCAGCCUGGGUGA